GGUGUCCGGGGGCGGGGGCGGGAGCGCUGGGCUGUGAUGGCGGCGCCUCCUCCCUGCUGUGGUCGCGCUGCUGGGGGCCGGGAUUCAGCCGCCGGGUGACGGGCAGUGAGGGCGGCGACAUGCCGGCGCUGGUGGCGUUCGGGAGGCGCUGGUCCCUGGCCGGGGACGACCUGGUCUUUCCCGGGGCCUUCGAGCUGCUGCUGCGGGUCGUGUGGUGGAUCGGGAUCCUGGUGUUGUACCUGACCUACAGAGGGCAGCUUGACUGUACACAUGGAAGGAUUCUCCCCAGCUAUCUUUUCAUCUUGAUUGGUCUUCUGGCUGCCAUCAUUAUUAUCCUGUUUGUCAUAGUAUGUGUUAGUAUGCAAGGAACCAUCACCAAUCUCCGCCCUCGACGACAUCUCCCUGUUCUGAUCUAUGUCCGAACUGCUCUCUAUCUACCCGAGCUGGGCUGGGCGAUCAUGGGUGCUGUCUUGAUCAAUGAUGAAAGGCAGGGCUGCCCUGCCACCUUGAUCAAUACGAUCUCUAUCGCUGUCGUUGCAAGUUGGAUUUUCCUGCUGUUCACGGUGAUCGCUGUCCUCGUUGUUUUCGACCCUCUGGGCAAACCCAAGCGGCCGUUGCCGGGAGGCGGGUGGGACUUGGAGAGCAGCGAGUCGGGGCAGCUGCUGUACACGGCCCGCUCGCUGGCUGCCCGCGUCUGGGAGUACAGGUUGAAGCUGCUCUGCUGCUGCAUCGCCAGGGACGCUGACACCCAAACAGCCUUCACCCACAUUGGACAGCUCUUCAGCACCUUCUUCAUGGAUACUGACCUGGUCGCUGGUGACAUUGCUGCAGGCCUCUCCCUCCUGCACUUGGAGCAGGACAAGAUCGAGCAGAGCCGGAGGCUGGACGACGAGGCUUGCCUGGACCCACAGCCAGCAGCCACUGCGGAGGAGCUGGAUGGGGAUCUGGAGACCGCGGCCCACUACAUGCGCUUUGCUGCUGCAGUCUACGGCUGGCCCCUCUACAUCUUCAGUCACCCGCUGACUGGCCUCUGCAAGCUGAACUGUGGCUGCUGGUGCUGCAGAAGCCAAGCUCCCGAUCCGCCCGAGGGUGGUGGGGACUGCCUGGAGUGCAACUUCAGCUCCAUGCUCCAGACCACGGGGCUGCAACACCGUGACUUCAUUCAUGUCAGCCUGCACAAUAAGAUCUACGAAAUUCCAUUUUUUGUGGCACUGGAUCACAAGAUGGAGGCAGUGGUGGUGGCGGUGCGGGGAACACUCUCCCUGGAGGAUGCUCUGACCGACAUGUGUGCAAACUGUGAGACGUUAAACAUCACAGGGGUGACGGGAGAAUGUGUGGCACACAAGGGCAUCCUCCAGGCUGCUACUUACAUUUACAAGAAAUUGAUGAAUGACGGGAUUUUAAGCCAAGCCUUCGCAGUUGUUCCGGAGUACAGGCUGGUGGUGACCGGCCACAGUCUGGGAGCGGGAGCAGCCUCCAUCCUCGCCAUCCUGCUUCACUCCUCCUUCCCCCAGCUGCGAUGCUACGCCUUCUCACCGCCCGGCGGCCUGCUCAGCGAGGCUCUGGCUGAGCACAGCAGAGGAUUCAUUCUGUCCAUCAUCCUGGGAAAGGAUCUCAUUCCAAGGCUCAGUCUCCCGAACGUACAGGACCUGAAGAACAAGAUACUACGGAUAGUUGCCCACUGCAACCGACCCAAGUACCAGAUCUUGCUGCACGGCUGUUGGUACGAGGUUUGCGGCGGCAAUCCUAACAGGUUCCCCACGGAGAUGGAGGAGGAGCACCGGGCACAGCUGGCGCAGCCGCUCCUGGCCGAGCAGAGCCUGCGGGCGGACCGCUCCGGAUCCCACGGCAGCAUCUCCGACUCCUCCCCUCCCCACUCCCCCCCUCCCCACUCCCCCUUCACGGGUCCGCCUCUCUUUCUGCCGGGAAAGAUCAUUCACAUCAUGGAGGAGCGCAGGGACGGAUGCCUGUAUUUUUCCCAGGUGAAGCAUCAUGCUGUGUGGCGUGAGGCCUCCUCCUUCUCCAGUAUCCUCAUCAGCCCCAAGAUGAUAACGGAUCACAUGCCGGACCUGCUGUUGAAGGUGCUGCAACAGCUGUGCAAAGAGACCCCCUCCGUCCUCUGCUCCUCGCACGGCCCAGCGGCCACUGACCCCCUGCCAGUCUAACUGCAUCCAGCCCUCGACCCGGCUGAAGCUGAUCUGUGGGCGAGGGAGCGGAGUAACGUUACACACAGCCGCUCCUGCCCAGCAAGCAUGUUUAUACAUCGACAGUGCGGACUCCUUCCAUCUGCGAUCAAGGACGCUUAAAAACAGUACUGAAUUAUUAAGCAUGUUUACUUUAGACAACACGAUGGAUCUGAUCCAUUUUUAUUCAUCCUGAAGAGCUCUUCUAAUGAGAACCAUUGCAGUAAAUCCAGGCCAAAAUAUAUCUACUUUUCAAAGUGGACCGGAGCGUUUAUGUGGAUAGUUUAACUUGUAAAAUUUUGAGUGAAAUCAGUGAAGGAGAGAUGAAUAUGGACUGAGAUUUCCUCAAUUUAGCCAUGGUAUUCCGGGACGGAGAAGAAAUGUGUGACGUUUCGGGUUAGACACUGAAGAAGGGUCUCGACCCGAAACGUCACCCAUUCCUUCACUCCAGUGAUGCUGCAUGUCCCGCUGAGUUACUCCAGCCUUUUGAAAAGAUCUUCAGCUUUUUCAGAUCUUGUUUAGGACUGUUCACUGGAAACUACGCUCAAGAACAGCCCAGCCUCGGGGCUAUUCCGCCUUGUGUAUAAUUGGCAAACAAAACUAAUGGGGGUGACAGUGGCACAGCAGACACCCGGGUUCGAUCUGCACUACGGGUGCUGUUUGUACGCUUUUCCUGUGACCACGUGGGUUUGCUCUGGAUACUCCGGUUUCCUCUCACAUCCCAAAGAUGUGCAGGUUUGUAGGUUAAUUGCCUUCGGUAAAAUUGUCCCUAGUGUUUAUGAUGGUGCUUGUGUAGGGGCUGAUCAAUGGUCUGCGUGGACUCCGGCUGAAAGGCCUGUUUCAAUGCUGUAUCUCUAACAUCUAAUCAGCUGUUUAAAAAAAAAUGUGCAGCUGCUGGAAGCCUUUGGUGUGUGAUGGUAGUCAGUGAAGUUACAGGAGCAGCAGUUGUCAUGGUUAUUGAUAAUCAGCCUGUGUCUUGGAGCCGUGAGCUGUUUGUGCACAGCCUCCUCUGCCUGUCGGGGACGGGGCGUACUCUGUGCCCAUGGCUGAGUGAUCAGUGACUGGGGCUUCCUGUGAGGCAGUGAAGCAUCCGUCUUGCUGGGAAGUUGAGACUGUGAGGGAGUCUAGUAUCAGGUGUGUGGAUUGCGUCCUGCACCCCCUUAAAUGGGGCAUUGAGAGCUGUGCCCCUGUUCACCUCCCUUUUGUGAGGAGUGUGGAGAUAUUUGCAGGGUAGCAAGUGGUACUCUGUCGACCAUCUGGUGCUCUGUUGAACCUGUGGUAGUUCUGUAAAUAACUGUGUGGAUGAAGGAGACAGGUUUAUAUGGUGGGGGCUGCAGUGGCUUCAAGCAGCAGGCAAAGUCAGUGUGUUGUUCCUGUGUUGUGUGACAGCUCUCAAGCCCCACAUACAACAACCUUUCCCGCUGACUGUCUUCGCCCCAGUUGUUGAAAUAUUACAGCAAAGGUAAUGCUGUCUUAACAGAACAACAUUAAUAAAUUAGUCAAUUAGCCACGGGUAAAGGUUAACCCUCAACUCCUGUGACCAUAAUUGGCCACAAAGGUCACGGUGCGGUGGCAAUAAAUGUUACGCUUGUGUGUGAGAGAGGGGACUCCCCAGAUACUGAGGUUGGGAUUGAGCCAUUUGCUGCUGGCGUGAGGUGCCAGUGACUGUAUGUCCCGACACUGAUCAGACUUUACAGGAGCCAACUAUCUAGGAGCUGGGGCUGAUCUGUGGUCAUUUUGUAUGGUUGUGAGGAGAAAAUAAAAGGCACCAGUGUGAAAAAGGAUCCCAACUUGAAACAUGGCCUGUUCAUUUCCCUCCACAGAUGCUGCCUGUCCUGCUGAGUUCCUCCAGCAUCUGCCGUCUCUUGUCCACGUCAGCCAGCCUGCCUGCUGAUUAAAUAUCUCAGCAGCUGCUGGGGACAGUGUUGAGUUGGUGGGCUCCUGCCUUGUUUUUGCAUUUGUGUCUUUUUACACAAGUGUCAGGCAUGCCGGGAGCUGAUGCUGGCUCGUAGCUCAGCUGCUACCACUAACACCAGGGGCAGCUGGUUGGCACAUCCCACCCUGAAACAAACCACCUCCACAACUCAAUCCAAUGAUCUCUUGAUUUGCCAAAUAAUCCAUUUAAAACAAAAUGGAGUUGUUAAGCACUGAUGUUGUAAUCUGCUAUUAACAUUUAAGGUAAGUAAUCAAGAGAAGUUUGCUUAUCAUUCAGAGCUACAGUGUCAGAAUCUAUUGGAAAGUCACAAAGCUUUUAAAUGAAUGCCUGGAAUGGAUUCUCACGAUGUGUUGCCUAUUGAUGUUUAAUCAUUGCUCUGUAAAUAUUCUGUGAUGGAGGUUAUUUACAUUUCAGCUAAUGUACAAAAUAAAGUUGUUUCUAACUGUUUCCUAA